AUGGCUCAAAAACAAAAUCUAGAUGUAAGCAUCAUUUAUUCUUUUACUUCGGUUCAGAACAUUGAUGAAUUUUCCUCGUCUAAUUCUAACUAUUUUGAUCAUACAUUGGUAAUUAUAAAAGGAAAAUAUCUUGAGUAUAAGAAAACUCUUGGACUAGUAAAAAUCAUCGAUCUUUCAAGUAACAAACUAAAAGGAGAAAUUCGUAGAGAAGUAUUAAGUCUCUCAGGAUUGAUUGGGUUGAACAUAUCUAAAAACUUGUUGACUGGCAUUAUCCUUAGGAGCAUUGGUGAUUUAGACAGAUUAGAGUCUCUAGACUUAUCAAGAAAUCACCUUUCAGGCAUAAUACCACCAAGCCUAGCUAAUUUGAGUUUUUUAAGUUACUUGAAUUUGUCAAACAACAACUUCUCAAGUGGAAUCCCAACAGGAACUCAACUCCAGAGCUUUAGUGGUUCUGCCUAUGCAGGUAACCCAUAUCUUUGUGGCUUGCCUCUUCCAAAAAGGUGCUUAGGAGAUGAAUCAGUUCCAAGUCCAAAAGUUGGUGGCAAACAAGGAGGCAAUAUUCAAGAACAUGCAAACUCCAACGAACGUCUAUGGUUUUAUAUUGGCAUUACACCCGGAUUCAUUGUCGGCUUUUGGGGAGUUUGUGGGAUGUUUCUGCUGAAGCCUUCUUGGAGGCAUGCCUACUACCAGUUCUUCGACAGAAUUGGAGAUAGGCUCUGCAUAACAAUAGCUAUCAACAUGGCCAAAUUGCUGAGGAACUUCAAGACUCGCUGUCAACAAGAAACCCUUUAG